CCUCCCCAUGUCUAGCUUUCCACCCAGAGCCUUGAAACUCAUGAGGAUCUAUCAUGAGAUCUCUUCCCUUUUAGCAUCAAGUCACUGCAAGAAGCAUUCAGCACCACUGUGUAAUUCUUCCCUUCACAUAGUAGCAAGUGACGCUGUGGUGGAGUGUCUGUUUAAAGGGAAAAGUCACGUUUCACAUAUUUAUGCCCAGAUCCCAGUUCCAGCUAACAGCUUAGCUGGAGCAGGGGUGAGGAAGAGGCUUCGACAGAGCUAAGAACUUAUUUUUGUUUUAAACAAAGGAGGCUUUUUUUUUCUUUAAAGCAACUGAAAAAGCGAAUCCAGAAAGCGAAAGCUUCUCAGUGCUAGCUGCACAGUGCACAAUUAACAGAUCAAGAAAGUCAACUAAUGCUACAAAGAACCAGCAUUCCAGCAGUGAGGAGUUCCCAGAGGGAGGGAAUUGCAACUGCGAAUUCAACUAGAUGUCAAAGAGGAAGCUGCUUCUUUUGGUGGACGUGGACCUUAUUUAACACUGGAUUUGUGUGCAUCGCUCUUCAGAUAAUCACCUGGAAAUCUGUUGUGCCUUCCCUUCAAAACAAGCAAGUGCUGCUAUACAAAGCAUUUCUUCUUCUCUGUUUGGCUUACAGUACAGGGUUUUGUUAAAGAGGAGAGUCUUGUUUCUAUGCACGGGAGGCUGCCACAUUCCAAUCCCAGGAAAAUUAAGAAGAUCCUGUCAACUCAUCCCAGAUAACCAGUUCAGUUCACACAGAAGACCCAGUCCAUUUGGCAUAAGCCCUGGUUUUGUCUGAGAGAGCAAGUGCCCGAACAAGAGGUAUAUAUAUAGAUAUAUAUUUACACAUUUUUUUCUGAUUACUAUUUGAGGAUUAAUGAUGUAAAUGUGAUCCAGGGAGACUGAAAGAAGCAAACUCACUGAGCCCUGUAAGUGAACUGAAUUGCUGCAUUUACGUUUAUACAGUAUGUGGCUGGAUUUCAGCCCGUUACAAAUGGGAACAGUCCUUUCCCACACCAACGACUGACACUUUUGCUCCCUUCUGAUACACCUACAGGGGAAGAAAAUUUAAGCAAGAACAUGUAUAGUGAAUUGUUAAAUUCAACCAGUGCCACUGAAGCUCACCUAAUCAUUCAGACCAACACCCCCUACCUGAACAGCACGCAGAGACCAGUAAGCUCCUCCGCGUUUUAUAUGUCAACAGCCAGGGUGUUAAAAGAAGGGGAAAUAAAUAAGCCAGAUCUGGUGACUUACGUUGUUCUGUUUUUCUUCCUGCUUUUGACUGUGAUAAUAAUUGUGCUCUUUAUUAACUGUCAGUUGAAAAAUUCUUUUUUUGCUACUCUACCUUAUGACAGAUCACUCAGAGAAACAAGGAGUACAUGGAGGACGCAAGCUGUCUAAAACCACAAAGGGGAAGCCUUGUUUAAUACAGUUUUGCUUUGAUAUAUAGCACUAGCAUGAGCCAGAAAACCUGUGCAAUAAAAUGUUAUUUCCUUACGCUGUUAGGUGGAUCCAAUCCCCUUUUAAAUAAUAUUUGGAGUCUCAGUAUUAAGAGAAAAAAUUCCUUGCAGGGAAAAAAAAUGCUGUAUGUAUAUUAGAGUAGAUGUAAAUAAAAAGUCCUUUUAUGAAUUCAAAAGAUAAAGCAUUAUUAUGUUUAAUUUAUGUACAGAGAUACAUACAAAAGAAAUGCAUUGCAGAUAGUAGAAACCUCUGUUUAACUCUAUAUGUAUGCAAAUUUCAUCACUGACCCAUUCAAUCAAGGUACAAUGGCAUUUGCCUUGACAAUAAUCUCUAAUUUGUACAUCUGGUGGAACUGUAGCCUGUAUUUGGAAAAUCAUGGCAUCAAAUGUAGAAAUGUUAAUAUAUUUACUUGAGGGCCACAAUGAGGAAAUCAAUUUACUUUACAGACCCAUUUUGCUUUAUUGUUACUGGAAACAUGUGGCAACGUAAUGGAAGAUAUUUCUGGUAAAGACCGUAAGCCAAACAUGCAUCUCUUUUAGCAUCUCUUCCGUGAUCCUGUUAACCAGCAUUCUUGAUGUUCUAGUGCAGGGAUACUCAGACCUCAGUGACUCAGGACCCAAAUUAGUGAUCAACAUUACCCAAAAGAUCCACCAUAGUGUGAAUUCAUUGUUUCAUUUACUAUAGUACUAUUCAUAUUACUUAGGGAUUUUCAUAUUACUUAGGGGCCACUUAGGGAUUUGGGGCAAAAUCAUUACUUGGUCCUGCUAGUGAAGGCAGGGGGCUGGACUCGAUGACCUUUCAAGGUCCCUUCCAGUUCUAGGAGAUAGGAUAUCUCCAUUAAUUUAAAAAUAUUUAAAUAGUACGGCAGGGGAAAUACUUAGUUUUUAUAUAUUAUUCUCACAGUAAAUAAGUUAUUGACUUAGUGGAAGUUCAUAACUUAAUUGGUUAAUAACAUAGUAAAACAUCUUGAUUGGUAAAUAACUUAGAUUGGUUAAUAAUUAAAUCACAGUGUUUUAAUAUCAUGUGCUGCUAAGAGCUGCAGGAGACACCUUAAAGAGCCACUUGUGGCUCGCGAGUCACAGUCUGAGUAUCACUGUUCUAGUGUCUCUUGGUCAGAUUUUCAGGCCCCAGUUCUGCUAAAUGGACCACUUAAGAAUGAGGUAACUUGGUUUAAACUUUCUUGAGCAACAACAACAACAACAAAAGCUGCAUUAACCAAUGUAUCAACCCAAAAGGAUCAUUGGGGGGGAAAAAUGCCACUGUGGCAUGGAAACUAAUUAUGAGAGGAUAACAUCAGUCCCAUUUUGGUGCAAAAAAAAUGAGUAACAAAUUGAAAAGCAGGAAUCACAAUUUUAUAAGAAUGGUUACUUUAAUGCUCACAAUCAUUUUCAUCCCAUGCUUUUGGCAUACUGCUGGAAAAAUUAGAAGCAUGGAUGGAGGAUGGUGCCAUUUACUCAGCAGUGGUCACUGGUGACAAAUUUAAAUUGCAAUUAAUUAGCAAUGAGGCGCUGUUAUAAGAGCUACAUGAAAAUGUCUGUUUAAACUUACUAAUUGACUUGAUACUUUACGUGUACAAAAAAUGUGAUUUACUACAGAGCUGCAUACUUCUAUUCUGUAAUCCCAGUUUUGCAGAGAAAGACCUGCACAGUGACUGGUAUGCAUCGUCAUUCUAAUUAAUAGUCAAAGAAUGUCAUGUACCCAGUGGUUCAUCAAGGUUGAGGCUGUAGGUAUACAGGUGUAUGUAUAUAGACACAUACACAUAAGGCCAGAUUCUACUCUCAAUGACACUGGCACAAUCCAAGUGAAACAAAUGGGAUUCAGCUGGUGUCACUAAGAGCAAAAGUUGUACCUAUGUUUCAGUUCAUUAACAUACAGAGUAUCAUGGGAAUGUUGUGUGUAUGUAACUUCUUUUAAAGCCAACUGUAAAGAGUUUACAAACAGAUCACAUACACACAUACAGUGAGCUGAUAUAGACACAACCACAUGUGUAUGUGUGUGUGUGUGUGUAACCUGUUUGCAAGCUCUCUUACCUUACAAGAAAUGUUACCAUUGACAAAUCAACUAUCCUUUUAUGCUCUCAGAGUAGUGAACACUUUAUGCUUUUAUCACAGAGAAGAACAAAACUACCAUAUAACUAGGUCUGACUUUUUUCACAAGGAGCAAUUCUUAUCUCACUUAAACCAGUUUAACACUGGUGUAACUCCAAGGACUCACUCGAGUAUAAAUGCAGUGUUUAUAUGGGAACUGCAUUUAGCUCAACAUAUCUAAAUGUAAGAGUUAGAGGAUUAAGUAAUCAAACUAGGCAAUAAAUGGCUUUUAUACAAUGAUAGUGUGUUUUAAAUGAUCAUAAAUAACAAGUUUGGUCUAAGAAUUUCCAUUGGCACAACAAUUACGACCUUUUAAAGUGUGUUUUGCAUUGUACUGUAAUUCAUUUGUAUUAAAAUAUUCCA